GGCGCUGUCGGCUCGGCUCGGCUCCUCGGCGAGGCCAUGGCGGGUCGGUCCGACCGCGUGAACGGCCGCAAGCGGACCGCGGGACGGGACGCGGAGGGGCUUCGGGCGGGCGGCAAGAGGAGCAGGGCAGCGAUGGAGAAGUCAUCUCGCUUGUCUGCAGCGUUGCUUGGUGAGGACUGUGAGAUCAGCCCAGAGCAGCUGUACGAGCUUCUACAGUACGCAGCCCUGGGGAAACGCCACAAUGCAGCCCAGCCCAGCUGGUGCCAUGUUUAUCACCAAAGCCGUCUGGCUGGGGUUGUGGUUAUUGUUCUGCAUGAAAUGAGCCAGCUCCACUUCUACAAAUUCUAUUUACAGUUCAAACACCUCCGAAAAGUGUUCCAGCACAGAUUCACGUUACCACCCCCUUCAGCUAACUUCCUAACCAGUCUGUGUGGUGAAGGAGCGAACCCGAAUCCUCAAGGCACUGCACAAGGCUUGAUUUCCACUGGUGUUGAAUGUGUCCCUGAAAGCUCAGGCUUGCAAUGUGAUCCCAUCAUCCGGAAAUAUGGCAGAGAAAAACGAGGCCUCACGAGCUAUACUCUAACUUUGGAAGAGCUGAAAAAGAACGAUUAUCCCAUGAGAGAUUCACCAGGAUGUAAGGGUUAUAUGUACACAGAGUGUGAUCUUCAGAGGACAGACAGCAGCCCCCUCUUCGGUCUGGAUUGUGAAAUGUGCCUGACUGCAAGAGGGAAUGAAGUCACUCGUGUCUCUUUGGUGGAUGCAGAGGGGCAGUGCCUUAUGAAUGAGCUAGUCAAACCAGAAAGUGUGAUAGUGAACUACUGCACCAGAUACUCGGGAGUCACAAGGAAAAUGCUGCUUCCAGUGAAAACAAGAUUGCCAGACAUACAAACCAGACUGAAAAAGAUACUUCCCCAUGAUGCAGUAUUGGUGGGUCAUUCUCUAAAUGCUGAUCUUCAGGCUUUGCAAAUGAUCCAUCCCAGUGUUAUUGAUACUUCAUUACUUUUUGCCAGAAAUGAAGGCCGAAGAUUUAAGCUAAAAUUUCUAGCCAAAGCUGUUUUAGGGAAGGAGAUCCAGUGCCAACAGAGGCUUGGUCACGAUCCUGCAGAAGAUGCUAGAGCUGCAUUGGAAUUGGCUCAGUUCUUUAUUAAGAAAGGACCAGCAAAGGUAGCAGAACUAAACUUGGAAAUGUUGCUGGCAGCUGAAAGGCAGACUGAAGUCUCACCAAACAAAUCUGUGAUGCAGCCACAGCAGUGUGGGGUCCAGAAGCAGCUGAAUGAUCCUCCACACUUAUCCAAACCAUGUUUUCUGGCCUGCUUGCAGGGGAUGGGCCAGAAGCCCCUCCUUUUGGGUAGACAGGAACUGGACUCUUCUGGCCUUUGUCGGAGUGACCUCAGCACUUCCAACAAACAGAUUCUUCAGAGAGCCUUGGAAGAUGUUCCCCUCUCCACAUUCAGUAUAAUUCAGUUCAGUUUGGAUCCAGAGUAUGUUGCAUCUCACCGUCUUGCUGGAUUUUGUGAAAAGGUGAGAAACAAGCUGACUGACAUGCUGACAAUUUACGCAGGUCCUUUUGAAGAAGACUUUUGCCUGAAGUCUGUGAAAAAAGAAUUUGGAAGGUGUGGGCCGAUCAGAUCCCUCACAGUGGUGACUGAAACGUACCAGCCAUAUGUCUGUAUCCAGUACAGCGUGCUGGAAGCUGCCCAGCUUGCUGUGGAAAGCCUAAAUGGAGCUGAGGUAGCAGGAUCGUGCAUUAAGGUUCAGAGACCCAUCACUGCUGCUACACUGGACUGUGAUGUUCUGAUAAGGGAACUGGAACUGGAUAUAGAAAACGAAGGUGUGAUUUAUGUGGCAGGAAUAAAGAAGUCAUUAACAGAGACAGAUUUGCAAGAAGAAUUCAGUCUGUUGAAAGACCUGGAAACUCUUUUCCUGCCAAAGGAUCUCCAGAGUGGAAAGCACAGCACCUGCUGUUUUCUCAAAUUCCAGAAAUCGCGAAGUGCGGCAGAUGCCCUGGAAGCUAUAAAUGGCUGGGCUGUGAGGGGCAGCACGCUCAGAAGUAGGCACGCUCUUGCUUCAGGUCACCUCUGGAGAUGGAUUUGGCAAAUGAAUCACAGCAGUGAAAAGCAAAGAGGAAACAGUUUAAGUGAGAAGAUGGCACCACUGUCUGACUCUGAGCAGGAUGUAAAGAAAAAGGUGAAGAAGUUAGACCACCAUAUAAAAAAGCUUUAUAGAAGUCUGCAGGAUAACACCUUGUGCGUUGUUCUCUUUCCUGGAAUGAACAGCGUUCAUGGAUCACAGUCCGGCCUUGGUCUGAUGGGAAUAAAAGAUGACGGAGGGAGCAGUGCUUGUUAAGCUGCCAAAUUUUUAAUCAGUCUUUUGUAAAGAUCUUUGUAGUUAUUUUAAACAUUGAUGUCUUUGUAAAGAGCCCUUGCUGUAGGAACAAUGGGCUUUCACACUGUAUCUUCUAUAAAUUCUAAAAAUAAAAGCUAUUCAAAACAUCUUAAAAGCACGAAGCCUUUUCCGUUCGUGCUUCUGGCUGUGGCAUUUUUCCCUGGCACUGAAUUCAGCAAAUGCUUUGGAAGAGCGGAGGGCAGUGCAGGGAGGUCCUGUAAAACCCCAUCACUGUGAUGGAAUUCAGUGAGUUGUUUCCAUGUGGGGCACUGCUGAACCGCAGGGCUGCCUUCACUGCAGCACUGUGCCGUACCUGCAGCAGCUGCUCAGCAGCUCCACGCUCCCUGUUCCAGCUGUGCCAGCUCCCAAAACAGUCACGGCCUCCUUUCUGGAAAAGCACUGUACUUCAUGGAAAGGAGGAAUUGGUGAUUCAUACCUCUUGGACAAUCUCUUUUCUCCCACACCCCUUAGGAAACAAAAGAUUGCAACUUGGCUGCAGUGGGAAGGGCAAGGGCUGUUUGUUUGGGCCAUCUCAGCACGCAGCUGCAGAAACUACUCACCGUGUUUUUGGUGGGGAGCUGUAAGUGCAGAGUUGCUGCAGCAGCCAGCCCUGACCAGCAGUAGUGUGAGAUGAGGUACAGCCUGGCAUCAGCUCUGAGCUCUGCACACCUGGAACCAAAGGUUGCUUCACCACCUCUUAUCAACAGACUGAACUACAACAAUGCCCAGAAAAAGCUUGGGGCAUUGAGGAAAAAAAAAAAAAAAGGGAAAUGUUUGUUUCCAAGUUUGAAAGUGAGACCAAGAGUUUCUUAGUAUGAAUUGAAAUAUGCUGAGAUAACUUUGAAAUAGUUACUGUCCCAGAAAUGAUGAAAUGCAGUCGGCAGGAGACGUCACCUCCUCCUGCAUCCCUGCCCAGAUCCCCAUGCCCACCUCCCAGGCUGAGCUGACGGAGCAGGAACUGCAGCAAAGAGCGAUGGCAGGGAAAGGGCACUGCAGCUCAGCCCAUGGCAGUGCCAGGCAGCGUGCACAAUGGUGCUCACUUCAGGUUUUUUCAUACCUAUAGCUUAAAGCCUCCAAAAUUCCUCAAAUGAAGUAUCUUAUUAAGCGAGAUGAAUGCAGCCAUUAAUUUCUUUUGUUUUAGAAAGGUCCUGUAUCCACGCCCGGUGAGCUCGGCGGCCCUCUUCAAACUGGGAUAACCACUGAGCCCUCUGUCACUGCUGCUACAAAACCGGACGGCAGUCUGACCGUCCAUGCAGUGCUGCUGCGGGGAACGGCGAUUGCCCGUGCUGCCACACUCGUCCCUGCACACAGCCCCUCUUCUGUGAGGCUGCCCACAUCCAGCACCUUGCACAUACCUCGCGCACUACAAAUCUGUGCAAGUAAACCAGGCCAUUUUAAUCCCAAUGCACUUAAGAACAGGGUAGGCACCUCCCUGCACGGGUUUAGUAAGCAGCAAGGAUUCCUGCUUGGGAAGCGGAUAACAAAUAAAAGUAGCGAGAGUCCUAGUUACAGUCAUUAAAAAAUAAUUAAUUUUUCCCCUUUUAAUUGAAAAUGUAAAAAGGACUGCAGGUUUAAAUAAAACAUUUUGUACAAAGCUUCACAAAAAAGUGAACACCAAAGUGUCAUUAUAUAAACACGACAAAUGACUCAUUUGUUCAUAACGCACAGAGCAACGUGCAAGUUCCCUCUCCCAGGGACUGGGUUUCUCUGGCCAUCCCCUCCCUCAGACCUUACGGAUGGAGACCCGUCAGCUCUGAACAUUUGCAAAGCUACAGUACUCAGGAUACAGAGUGACUACAGGCAAUACUUUUUUGGCGGUGAUGGGGUUUCAGGGCUUUUUUUCUGUUUUUCUUAGCGGGUGUGUCGACGCUUCAAUAUACAGAAGUAAACAAUCUCACAGGUGAAUGAAUGGCAACUUGGAUUAGAAAAAGCACCAAAAUAUUUAAUAUACAUCUGGCACAAACUUCACAAGAUGUCAGUAAUGGACAGACUGAUGCUUUGCUUAUAAGUAAAGAGAAACCUUAAUGCUUUUCUUCCAAAAGGGACUGAGCAUUGCACUCAGGGUUGCUAUCAAGUAACAACCUUCUCAUCACAACCUACGUGCACUGUGCCUCAGACUGCACAUUCUGUGGGACGCUGUUUCCAUUCUGUUCCAGACAAUAACGGUGAGCAAGACAACACAAGAGAAGUAUUUGUAAAGCAACCAAGCAGAUAAGACUCAGUAUAGAAACAUCACCUCAAACUUUUCCCACUUUUUCUCCAGAUCAUGGCUUCACACUUGGCCACAUCCUCGAAAAGAUAUCCAGCAUGAAACGGAAUUUACUGCAGCCUUUUCAAGCAUUACAACUCCGCAGCACUCGUGAUGGUGCCGGCUGGAGGAGGAAGUGUGGUUCUGCUCCACGACAAUACAUUCAUCAUUUCCUGCGGCGAGAAAACUGGAGAAAACAGACGUCGUGUCUGCUGGUAAGUCCGAAAAGCAAGGAUUACUCCUGAUACGGAGAAUGGUAGAUUUGAUCCCAAGUGCCCUUGAGGGCUUACUGAGGAGACUGGUAGCUAGCAGUGUUCACAUACAGUUCAGUGGAAGCUGCACAAAGGUGUGAUGCUUCCACUGUUUUCUUACAGUUAUUCACUUCUCUGGGAGUAUACACUACCAAAACACAUUCUUUCCAUACAGGGUGAUGUGGCCACGCCAGGGCUGAGCUCUACGACAAGUGUCUGUGCUGCAAGCUGCAGAUCUCCAGGCUGGCUGUCAGUGCUCCCUCCCCCUCCACACAGCUGCAGCAACGCGGGCUCACUUUGUGCCCCAGGUCGGCUGGGAUGGAGCCCAGCAGUGCAGGGUGAGAACCUCAUCCUGCAGUCCAUCCAUCUCUCUUGCAACUCCAGAUAAUGGACAACUCGCAGCAUGAGGCCUUCCCACCACCCCCGGUGGCCCAUUUCCUUUCUGAGGGCCCAUUUCAACUUACUGAUAAGAAAGAAUGCAUAUUUUUAAGAUAAACUUGACUAAAGAGCCACUCCUGAGGCACAGGGACAGCUCCAUCGGCAACAUUCAAGCGUGCUGCCCCAGCCGCAGCCAACCCAAAGCCCAAGGAGAAUCUGCAAGCAAGAAGCAAGAGCAUUGCAGACAAAUGUGUUUUUUCUUUGUGUAGAAUGCAUGUCAUCUAGAAAGAGAUUUUAUCUUCAGGAUGCAACUAUGCAAAGAUAGAAGCUUUCUAAGAACAGAAAAGGAGAACCUCCCAGCAUCUCCAGCGUGCUUGAGCACUCUCAGCUCUGCUUUAAGCAUAAGGCGUUCAUCCUGAGCAGACACUGAGCACAGGGAGGAAGCAGCAGCUGUGCAGCCCUUUCACAGCCUUCACUUUUUGUUGCACAGCUCAAGAUGGAACAAAGUACGGAACAUGUAAGAAAUACACUCAUAGCACUGCAUCAGGUGGGUUCCUGAUGCUUUUCAAGAGCAAAUGAAAGGGCCAGACGGUCCCUUCUUGGGGAGCAGCUGCUCCAUCUCCCAUUCAUUGUGGCCUGAAGUGGAAAGACAAGGUGCGAUGCUGAAAGGCCCUGAGCUAGUCGGGAGCAGCUCCACUCACCGCUGCGCUCUGGAACUCACAUGUCCCUUACCAGCUUGGCUUUGCUCCAUUCCAAAGGGUCGACUGCAUGCAGACCAAAAGCAGGAUACCAAAAAGUAUGGUAAAUAGGUAACACUUAACAUGGGUCAAUUAAAAAGUGUACAUUACUUAUCCAGGCAUCAUAGCCUGGGAGAGGAUGAUCAACUUGAACUACUCAAGUCUGACAAGAGGUAGAGAUACCUACGUACUUCAUGGUGAAGGAAUUAUGGCCUUCCUUCUUACAAUCUCAUGUAUUUCACUUUAACUGAAGAUAUAAACCAAAGAUACAAUCUUUGAUAAUCCAGAGAAAAAAAAUUAACACCAGUGUCUCUACACACAACAGAAAUAAGCACUUAUCUUUUACUACUUGUUUGAAAAAAAACAAAAGCCUUCAAAGUUUGUGUUUUGCUGUAUAUUAAACACUGAAGAGUUUUCAGUUUCAGGCUAAGCAUCUUCCUUUUCAGUAUGAAAGGGGAAGUUCACACGCACACGUUUCAAGCAGAGGGAGCUCAAAGAAUCAGGCGCCCAACUGAUUCCUGCCACAAGGGCCACGUCGCAGAACACAGGGCUGCAAGACCCAGACCUCCACAGUGCCUGUUCUCUUACAGUGAGUAGGAACGGCACAGCCUCAGCCAGCACACUGAGUCAGAUCCGAGGCAGACAGUAACCACAUGGUGUUUAAUUCUGCUUGUUUGUUUGGGGUUAUUUUUUGGAAACAAGGCUUAGAACCGUAAGGAAGAUGCUCAUGUCAGCAGUGGGUGCACAGAAGCAGAAGGUGAGACAGGACCUCAGGGGGCCUCAGGGCUCUGAUGGCCACAGCAACAGUUGGGACAAACCCAUAGCUUAACCCAUAACAAGGCUGUAAUUCUCCAUACAGAAUAGCACCAGCAGCAAAUAAACACACAGCUCCACAUUCAGUUUCCAUUAAGUUACUCAUCAAGUUUGAUGGCCAACUCUGGGUGAAAUCUUUCAAAUCUGCACUUGAAUCAAUCCACUGACAGUCUUUGACCCAAAAUCACACCCGCAGGAGAAGCUGGCACCACUGAGCCAAGCUGCCAAGGCACUGCAGUAACACUGCACAGUGCCCAGUGCACAAGUUGCACUUCUUUGUGUAUAAGCGAAGGCAAUAAAAUGC